AGAAAUUUAAGAAAAUAUCCGGUUAUGGUGUUUAUUCAUGGUGAGAGCUUCGAAUGGAAUAGUGGCAAUCCUUAUGAUGGCACUAUACUGGCAGCUUACGGCAACGUUGUUUUCGUUACAAUUAACUUUCGACUCGGCAUCUUAGGUUUCCUGAGACCUGGGAUUAGAGACGACACAGCAAGCAAUUUUGGAUUAUUGGAUCAAAUAGCGGCGUUGCUUUGGCUUAGGGAGAAUAUCGCGGAAUUUGGCGGCGAUUUUGACAGGGUCACUUUGAUCGGUCACGGAACUGGAGCUAUAUUUGCUAAUUUACUUCUAAUCAGCCCUGUUGCCAACAAGAAAGGCUUGUUUAAACGGGCUAUUCUGAUGUCUGGAUCGGCAAUGAGCGCGGACGCCAUCGGCAAGGCGCCACUGCAAAUUACCAAGCAGGUGGCCCAUGCUCUCAACUGUCCGACAACCAGUGACAGCGAACUGGCGAUAUGCUUGCGUAACCAGGAGGUAGACAGGCUGCUACACGUGAAAAUCCACAAGCCGAAAUACGUGCCGGCCUAUGCGCCAUUGAUCGACCGCGCCGUCAUCCCCGACAAACCGUUGAAUUUAAUGGAGAACACUCAACUCUUCGGCAGGUUUGACUUGCUAUACGGCGUGACCGAGUCCGAGAAAUUUCACAUCCUGCCACCAGUUGCUUUGUUGCAUGGCAUGCUUGAUGGACAACGAGAUGAAGUUUUGCGAGAUUAUGCCAAAGCAACGCACGAACUGGAGCCAGAGCUGAUUUUGUCGAAAGAGCUGGAGCAGUACGGCGACUUCUUCAACGGAUUCACGAAAGAGUACGCCACGAAGAAUCGGGACAUGGUGCUGGAGGCGCUAUCGGAUAGCGGCACCGUGGCGCCGUUAAUAAUGACUGCCAAUUUGCAUUCAAGGGCGAACCCGAAGAGCUACAUGUACGUCUUCUCGCAUCCGAAAGCUAUGCAAGACUACUCUGGCCAACAACAUCAACAUACCGUGCACGGGGAGGAAUUGCCUUAUGUACUGGGUGUUCCAUUGGACGGCAGCAAGUACGACUUACGAGGUCGAUACGAUAUGCGAGAGACGCUGUUUUCAGAAGCCAUUAUGAACUGGUGGUGCAGCUUUGCCUAUAAUGGGAAUCCGAAUGUCGUCAAGCAACAUCCCUACUUGACUAAUGUGAACAAGGAAUGGGGUCAGUACGAGAUCGAAUGGCCAGAAUACGAUCCUAUCAAUCAGACAUAUUUCAAUCUAACCAUACCGCCUAACAUAGGUACGCAUUAUCGCACGGCGGAGAUGCAGUUCUGGAAUGAGGAUCUGCCCAAUCUGCUCAGGCACCCGAAUAAAGACAUCUCGAGCCCGACACGAUCGAGAGGACCGCGACCGCAGAUUCUCGACUUCGCCGACGGGAUCGGCAAAUAUGCCAACAGUACCGCAAACCGAAAGUACGAAACCUACGGUGCCAGAUACACAACUCCGUCGAACACGUUUUCUAAUACGGACAAGUCAUUUUCAAUCGCGAUUACGACGGAUGGAAGCAUCGGGCAGGGAUCUACGAUAGAGACUGACACGUUAAAAAGCUCGUCAACGAUGAUGAUGGUGAUUGUCUUCUUCGUGGUGUUUAUACUGAUAAACUUUACGGUCUUUCUGUACAUCUACUAUAAAAAGCAGAGCGUAAAGGGGAAGGAGAAAUCGUUGAAGAGGCGAGCCAGCGAGAAGAAAGACGACUCCGUCAAGAGGUCAAAGACUGAUAAGCAUGAGAACCAUUACGGCCAGCUGGGCUACAAAAGCGACAGCAAGCCAGAUCUGAACGACGUGAUAAAGAAUGACAAGGCGUACGACAACAACUCCAAUUUUGGACGCAGAUCGAAACUGUCGAGGCAAAACUCCAGCUCCACCAUUGACACUCACAUCAAGGUCAGGGAAUGGAUUCAACAGGAAAUUGUGCACAGAUGUUCACCGAGAUUCCUGCGCAAAACGCGAGAAACGUUGCAGAAAGAGCAUCAGGAGAAGCUAAACAAGCAACAGCAAGAAGAAAAGCAACGUAUAAUAGAAGAGGCGUUGAAGGAAAAAAAGGAUGAACCGAUCUACGACGAGAGUCCGGCGCUAGUUGUGCGUCCUGGAAAAAAAUUAAAGCUGCCAAAGAUCUCCGUGGCGAUCGAUGCCACACCGGCGACGAGAACAGAGUCCAUCCUUAAUCAAGUGCCUAUCGAGUUAACGAGGAGCAUCGAUAUGUCAAACGAAUACGAAUCGAACGCGGAUCAGCUGAUGACACCCGAGGUUAUUGUCAUCGAGCAUCAUCACUCUAGAAGCGAUCCCCUGCCGAUGGAGAACGUUCUGAAGACGAUGAUGCCAAAUUUCUCCACUCCCAGGAUUUACGAAUCUGAUACAGAAAGCGCGAAUAGCUUGUACGCUAAGAUUAAUCCCAAGCUAAAAUCUCGUCUGCCUCGUCCCGGUUUAGGGACAAACGUCGAAGUGUCCAAUCAAUCAAAAUACGAGAAUCCUCCCGGCGAAGAAAUCUAUAUAAAGACCGGGCCGAUUUUAACGACCUUUGGCACAGGCGACGUAAACGUCACGUCUCGGGAUCCAAUCGUGGAGAGAGAGUGCAUCAGCCCCGAGGAAGCUUUGCAGACGAUCAAACGCCGAAAUUAUCCCAAGGUGCUACCGGAUAUCGAGAAGAGGCGAUCACUCCCGGCGCCGAAUAGCCUCUUUGUAUCAAAACAGCACGCAAAUUCGUUGAAAGAUUACAAGAGCGGAAAUCGAAUGAAUUUAUCUUCGAGUCAACCGCCAUUACCACCCCCCAGGAUAUUUGGACCCUCGAAAAGCCUCGAGAAGAGCGCCUUCUUCGCCGAGGAAAACGAAAAUCAAAGCGAGAGCGAGCCGAUCACGACGAACCUGCACGUAGGACCGUUGCUUAAUUCCGAUCCUAAUAUAAUAGAUUCUUUGGAGGAAAGUAGAAGUGUCCAGCCUGGCGGAAGCGUGGAUACCAUUUACGCUAAUCCAAAAUGUCCGCUUCAUGGAGGUCAAUAUCGCUUCUCGCCGACUUCGCACAGCGUCGACGAAGAUAUCGGCAAAUCCAUUGCGCUCUUGGAAGCGGGCAAUCCAAAUUGGUACAAACCAAGCGAGUUCCCGGCCGUAAUGACGUCGACGGCGUCGGAGCCGCAAAUCGUGGUCGGCAGGAACGAGAGAGACGCAGCGGUGGAACCGAAGAUCGUGAUCACGCCGAGAGCGGUUAAUCCAUGCCAGGCCAAUCAAUAUCCGAGCUCGUCGACACCGGCAUCCGAGGACAACAAGAUUGAGCACGAACCUAGCACGGUUUCGAGCGAUCCAGCGCGAGAUGGAGGAUCAACGGAGAGGUUGGACGAUUCGCUGGCGGAGAGGAGGGAACCGCGGAUAAUCAUCACGCCGCGGGAGCCGAAGAAUUGCACCCCGGCGAGUAAUCUGAAGCAGCCGAAGAUCAUCAUAAAGCCGACGGCGAGUCUGCCGAGAAGCCGGGAUCAGAGGAAUAUACCGAAGGUGUCAGCCAUACCGUCGCCGGAACAGCAGAAUUGCCAGAACAUCGAGAGAGACAGGGCGCUGGAGCAGAGGGAGAAACCAUCCCUAAGGGAAAAGCCGAGGGUUACGAGAAUACCGUCGUUUUCGCGCAGACGAGAGGAGCCCGGGAUUGAAAAACCGUCGUACGUAGAGAGAGCGGAGAUCGCGUCGAGGGCAGAGACGGUGCCCAGUAAAAUCACGAACGCGCCAUCGACAUCCGACGCUAGGUCGUGCAUACCGACGCCGACGACAACGCCGAUGAUGCCGAGAAGCGAGAGGACCCCCAGCACGGACUCGUCGUCUGCCAGCAACGGGAAUUCCAGUAACUCGAAUACCGGUACGAUCAAACGCAAGCCGGCGAGCAAGAAAUAAUUGGCUCUCGCGAAUGUAGAUUCGGGAUCUCACAUCGGAUAUUUCAAUCAGAUGUCGAUGCAAUUACAGCUUCCGAUUUUUUUUUGUCAUAAAGCAUUUGCGAAUAUUUAAAAUAUCGUGAUCAAAUGAUGAGUGGAAAAAUAAUCUUCUCUAUGAAUUUCACGUUUAAAAUUUUUUCUCAUUUGUGGCAUCACAAAUUCGUAAAACAAUGGGACAAUUAUAUUUUUCUUAUAUAAGAUUAACAUUAUUUAUUACUAUUUCAGAGUGCGAUAGAAAAGUUUUAUUUACGUAUAACUCUUUUUUAUUAUUAUUAUUAUUAAUUCUACUAUUUUUCUACGACUAAUUAAAACAUGCAAGUACACAACAGAUACAUAUAAUAUAAUUGUAUAUCGUGUAAAUAUUAAUAUUAUCAAUGUUUAAGGCAAUAUAAUAUUAUUAAGAUUUAAGCCUGUGGAGCAAACCGUGUUACAUGUUUAUAAGCUGUCAAGACUGCUCUAAUUGCGAGUAAUUGUCGAUUGUUUGAACAAUUUCAUAAAUCAAUUUUAGAUAUCAUUAAUUAGACAUAAUCCGCUAGUUGUUAAUAAUUUUGAAAGCGCUCGCGCUCUUUUAUACGCGUGUAACUUUAUACGAUGAAAAUAUAUGU